AUGGCCAGGCUCAAUGAAGUGCCGGUGCCGACAGAGAGCCUCGAAACGCUCCGCAAAAAGAUGCUUCGCCAGAAUAGAGAACUCGCAAAGACAAACAACAUCCGAGCUCUUCGCAUCCGAGAAUUGGAAAACGAAUGCGCCUGCAUGCUCUCCGAGAAUCUCGAGCUCCGCAGUCGCAUCCUGGAACUGGAGAAGCAAGUCGAGGACAAUGAGGCGCGGAGGAUAGCCGAUCACGCGAUGGCCAUCAAGGCCAAGCUGGAAGCGCAGCUCACGGAAUGGGGCACCCUCAUUGCUGGACUGGGCCUGGAGCCGCCCGCGAAGAGGCACUCUCCCAUGAUUAGGCGGAGGGCGAAACAAACAAUGAGCUUCAGCGCGAGUCGGCCCAGUCCAUCCCAAAGGCGGUUACGCGACAUUGCGAGAGAGAUUGAGGAACUAGGCCACAUUCCCGAAGCUAGGGGCAAUUCUCGGAGGUCAAUGAAUCCUGAACAAAUCAUGGCACUCCGAUCAGAAGCCGAUAUAGAGGCCGAAUCGCCCGAACUGGGCCCUCCACCAAUGUCUAAAUACAUUGAGGAAGAGCCGGUAAAGGUUGACUCUCCAAGCAGAUCAAGGCCAGUCGCAUCAAGCGAUGACACCUUGAAGAGUGGUGCAAAGACCAGGAGGCUGGAGCCACCAAUCGCUCUGACGUCGAGCACUGUCGAGACUGCGCCGGAGCAGCCCAUUAAGGCCGGGUCAAAACGGAAAUUUGAAGCUCGAGACGACAGCGAAAACAUACAGCCCCAGAAGACAACGGAUGAGAACAGCCUUGAAAAGGGAGCGGCUGGAAAGUCGCUGCUUCCUGACAAGGGCAAUUUGAGGACCGCGAGGGACUUUGCCAAGAUGAGGAAGAAGUCGCAGCUGGAGCUCUCAGAAAAUGUUCGGAAGCCGUUGGCAGCAAAGUGUACGAACGACGACAUCAUCAACUCUCCGAAGAAACUUUUAAAGACGAAGCCCUCAGUGGAUGAUGAGAUAGCAACAGCAAAGCUCAACGCAGCGAAACCGAAGGCGCCAGUUGGUCGACCGAGACUAAAGCCGAAGAACCCCUUGCCUGCUGUGACCGAAGCUGUUCCUGUUCUCACUAUUGAGCCUCAGGAGACGAUUGUUGAGGUGUGUGACUUGGCGGCGCCUAUCAGAGAACCAGCACUGUUAUUGCCGAGUUCUCCGGUUACCACUGAUGGGCCGGAGGGCUCUCGUGUUGGGGACACGCCUCCUCCCGCUGAUAUCUCGUCCAAUGGAGAAACUUCGCGGCCUAGCAGGCGGAAUCGGACGACUAUCAGCUAUACCGAGCCCAACCUGCGAGCAAAAAUGCGACGGCCUACUAAAGAGUUGUUUGAUGCGGUGACAGGAGAAGGAAAAUAUGCUCGGCGCGUCAGCAACUACGAUCCCGCCAUGCCUGAGUCGACCAAGAGCAGACGAGAGACGACAAUCUCGGACAUUGCGGGAGUGACGGAAGAAAAAAAUCAUCUGGCCAGCCCUUUGGCGGCGAAGGAUCUGAAUACAGGCAUCUUCCUCGGCAGCGUCGUGACCGAGCGGCGCAAACGCUCGUCGAGCAUAGCACCGAAGGCGAUGGGGGUAGCGAGCGGCAGCCUAAUGGACGUGGACUCCUCCGAAAGCAGCAAGGAUGCUAGCAUCAGCCUCGACAGCAGUGGCCUGGCAGAGGGCGACGUUUAUGAGUUUACGAGCGAGUCACCACCGCCUCCACCCGAGAAGGAAGAAGUCAAAGAGCCGAAGAAGCGAGGUCGAAGACGGACAACUACGUCCAGGCAAUCUUCCCUGGCUCCCGACGAUGAUUAUGAAGACGGGCUAUUAGCCAGAGAGAGGAUAGGCUCCAGACGAAGGAGCAUGAUGAUAUGA